CCCGGAGUGCGAGAUGUAAGGACGUGUGUGACGGUGGAAGGCAGCUUCAGUUUUAUUGUUAAUUUCGGUGGAAACCAAGAGAAUCUGAUUAAUUGAGCACCAGAUUGAUUGAAACCCAAUUGAUAUGUAAAUUGACAGGUUGAAUAAAGCAUGGAUUGAGAUCUGAUAAUUGUAUAAUCUGAUUGAAAGUUGACUUGAACACUGAUUGUUUAAAAAAACGACCUGAACACCUGAUAACUUGAUAGUUUAAUGUUGUAUAAACCUGAUGAUGACUUGAACCUUAUGGUUUAAAAAAAUAUUUAAACGUCUUAUAAAUUAUAGAUUCAUUUGAUCAAUGACCAAAAAAGUAUCUCUAUAACUAAGUUUAGAUCUUUCCUUAGUGUAUAUUGUGAUUAAAAAAAGCAACAUUUACAUUGAUUAAACUGAAAUAUUGAUAAAGAGAGUAGAAUUACCAUCAUGGGUGUGGAUAUGUGUUAAGAAAGGUCAGACGUGUUCUUCACACGAGGGGCAGGGCAGUCCUGCCCUACCUACUUAGGAGCUGGCCAUACUUAUCCUCAUCAGAAAGAUAGCAAGUCACAUAAUGAGAUUGUUACCAGCUCUGGUACACAUGCGGGAUGUCUGGGGAAGCAUACCACGGGUCUGCUUCCUGGUCCUUUGCGUGUGUGCAAAUACUCACAGAGUCACCCCCCAGCUCGCUGCCGCCCACGGACUCAUCACCCCGCCCACCGUCGCCCAUGUUAUUUCUCGGAAUGGUAGAAGUGCAGGUAUGCCGGGGGACCUGUACCCUGAGCUGGCGACUGUUCCCUACUUCCUGUCUCCCGGUCACCGGAACAUCACCACUUCCGUCGGCCAGACAACUUACCUUCACUGUCGGGUGGCACUCCUAGGAGACAUGGCGCAAGUGUCGUGGAUCAGGAAGAGAGACCUACAUGUCCUGAGCUCUGGUCUCGUCGUUUUCGCCUCGGAUCAGCGCUUCCAGGUGAUUCACCCGGAGAAGUCCGAGAACUGGACGCUGCAGAUCAAGUAUGCUCAGAUGAGAGACGCUGGUAUUUACGAGUGUCAGGUCAACACAGUUCCCAAGCUCUCCAUGUCGUACGUCCUUAAUGUUGUUGAAGCUCGGUCGGUGAUAGUGGGUCCUGAGUACGUGAAGGCUGGGAGUACCAUUAACCUGACCUGCAUCAUUAAUCAGUUCAACAUGCCAGGCCUGGUCUACUGGUACCACAACCGGAAGAUCCUGGACUACGAGGGACCUGUGAAGAUCAUCACGAGGGAGGACCAGGAUGGCACUGUAUCACACCUGACAAUUGAUGAAGCAUCACCUGACGACUCUGGCAACUACACCUGCUGACCCACGUCAGCACAUCCCACUUCUGUCAUCGUCAACGUUCUCCAAGGAGAGCAGCCGGCGGCCAUGCAGACUGGUGGAGGCACCACACCCUCCUUCAGACUGGUGACACUGCUGGUGAUGCUGCAACUCCUGGUUCUCGUGAUGCCUCAGCGGCUCAGAUGAUGAAGCACAGGAGGGAGGGAUGCUGAUGUGCGUGUGACGGAGCUCCAGAUGCGACGUACCUAGUGCCGGCGCCUCGUCUUCCUGUAGCGACAGACGUGUUGUUUUGGACCGUCCGGAGUACACUGGGAACUUUUGUUUCCCCCCAGCUGCUGCGACUUCCGUAUUGCAGGCACCUCGAUAACCUCCUGCGUCGGGACUUCACUCGCUUGCAUGCGACGGACGCGGUCAGCCGAUGCGAUGGAAGCCGUGCCGGCUCCUCUCAUCCGUACUGAGACAUGUAGUGCCAGAACUGGCACCUCACCACCAGCCUGCUGCGACGAUUACUGUCCAAACCUCAAGCUUCAGCCGAGGCAGAAAACAUGUCAUGAAGCACAGCGAUAGAUGAUGUAUCUUGGACAACACAAAACAUCUGCCACGGAAGAUGUAUCUAGAUGCACACAUACUAGCUGCAAGGAACAGCAUAAUCUAGAACCAUGCAGCAUUUGCAACAGACGGUGUUUGUGCAGUCACACAGCGGCUGCAACGUACGAUGUGUCUAAAACCAUACAUACUGACUACCAUUACAUUAAUGGUAUUUAAAACCGACAAGUUAAUGAAUAAAACUUAUGUGUAAUAUCUGGGUAACUUCAUUGGUGAAGACGUCUCACUAAUCAAUUAAUUUUUUAAAUCCAAUUCAGAGAAUUACAAGUGGAGACGGUGGAAGAAAUAGAGAGGUAAUUUUAGGUGAUCAGUCCCUCACCUUGAUGAAUCUGAAGACAGAAACAAGAAUAAUGAGACUUAUAUACACGAGCGAGAGGAGAAAUGCAGCAGUCGAAGGCAUCUUCACAUGUGGUCGGGACCCAGGUAUUACAUAUGAGUACCACUUAUCACAUCGGUAGCGACGGACGGUACAUAGAACGGCCGCGACGGACGUAUUAAAGGUACCCAACUCACCUGAUGCAUUACGUAGUCGUGGAACAUCACCCUUCCUCCUGUACAAGUUGAACAAUGAGAAUUAACAAGUGCUAGAGAGUAAUGUUAUGUAUGCUGAACAUUGAGAACAAACAGGUGCAGGGGAAUAAAUAAAGCCUGCAGGGUUACCUAGUAAAUAAAGCCUGCAGGGUUACCUAGUAAAUAAAGCCUGCAGGGUUACCUAGUAAAUAAACCUGCCAUGGUUGGAGGAAGGCUUCGAUAUACUUGAUGUUUUAAGACUGAAUAUUUUCCCAUAUAAGAAGCAGUUUAUAUUUCAGUUCACAUAAAAAUGAGAAAAACUAAUAUAACGUGAGUGUGUGUGUGUGUGUACUCACCUAGUUGAGGUUGCAGGGGUCGAGUCCAAGCUCCUGGCCCGUGUGUGUGUGUGUGUGUGUGUGUGUGUGUGUGUGUGUGUGUAUUGACGUCUAUAUCUGUGAGUAUUUGUGUAUGUUUUUAUUUGAGAGUGAGUUACAGAGGAGUUAAGGUCCAUUAUUAAAAUUCCAUAUAUAUUUAUAUUUUCGAUGAUUGAUGUUGCCUUAGUUUAGAUGACUUGUGUUAG